UCUCACUCAUGCCGAUCAUGGACUUCACCGCAAGUGCCACUCACACGCUCGAGGACAGCACAGCAGACAGGAAGAAGCUUGAGUCUUUCAGACUAGGCGGGCCUACUCCGUCCACCAGCAGUCAUCACAAUCGCAGACUGUCUCACUCACGCUCUCACUCUCGUAACGCCUCUAUUUCUCCUCAAAGCAUUUUGUUAUCUCUGGCAACGCCCCCUCUUCCGUCGUUGAACAGUCCGCCACCAUCUCCCCCUUCGCUUCCUUCAACCGAGAAACCAAAGCGCAAUUCCCACCAUCGCCGCCGUUCCUCCGUAUCCACGCGACGCGAGUCCGCUGAAAUCAUGGGAGUUUCGAUGCUGAAUGCCUCCAGUUCCUCUGCAGAGGAGAAUAUUAACCUUGGUGAUAAAGACUCAAUCCGCCGCAGGGCUCUUUUGGCCCUCGAAGGCAAGACUGAUGUCGGCGCCUUCUCGAAGGUGGAAAUUCCCGAGCUCGGGACACCGGUGCUCGAGCGUGGGUUCGACUUCCCAUCAAAGCCUUCUUAUCCGCCUGGCAUCGGUGCAGGCUACGGAGGUGGUCUGGGCUCUCUCGCAAGCACCAAGCGCGAUUCGUUUGGCAAAUUCAGGGCGUCAGUGUCGUCCAAAGAACAGCUUGGUACGCUUAUGGAAGAGGACGAAGAAGCUGAAGACUCUAAGGCUUUGGCUUUCAUUGACGAUGUACAAAUGACGCUGUCUCCAGUGCCGGAGACGGCUCCCGAGCCAACGUUUCUCCCGGCACGUCCCAGGCCGACAGCCUUGAAUCUUCGCCCUCUGUCUCUGGCUUUGAUCCAUACUCCGCUCGGCGAACUCCCGACACCUGAGCCGUCCCCGGCUGUCCGUCCGCGUCCAGGCUUGCGAACAUUAACGCUGUCCCCAUCCCUUAGUAACGACAGCAUGCCGCCCUCCGUAGACUGUGAAAACCCAGCUGCAAAGAAGCGACAGUCUAUGAUCAUGUCUUCCUCCACUCCAUCUUCGUUUGUACCUUCUCGGCGUCAGUCUUUAGGCGCUACGGCUGAAAGUGCUCGCUCUCGGGUCUCGAGACGCAGUAGCAUUUCCUACGUUUCCUCGACAGACUCAGUGUCUUACUCCAUUCCUGGCCUUCCAACGCCUGAAUUGACGCCUACCAGCGAUCAACGAUAUUCUCUCAGCAGCGAGAGCAGCAGCGGCAGCCAAGCGUCCAGGAGCUCGCGAUCUCUCUCUUCCAGUGAGCAUCAUUUUUUAUACCAGGCGCACUCUGCGUUGGUGCAGCGCAUCUCCGACCUCGAGCGCGCACUAUCGGCUCGUCCUCACUCCCGCUCCCAAUCCUACGCUUCGGAGGCUUCCGCGCCGAGCGAUGCCCCGAAUGACGAGAUGUUGUUGCUCGUUGCAGAUCUUAAAGCAGAGCGGGACGAGUUGAAGAAGGACGUCGAGGGUUGGCGUACCAGGCUGUCUGACACCGAACGUCAAGUGUCUAUGCUGAUGAAACGUGUCGAGGUCGAACGCCGCGAAGCCUGGGUUGCUCGGGAGCGCGUCGGCAUGGUAGAGAUCGAGAAGAAGUCUUUAGAGAAGGUUGUUGCCGAGAAAGAGUCUUGGGGUCAAGAAGGCUGGGCAAAGUACACACGGGUUCAACUGGAUUUGGCUAAGGCUUUGGACGAAUGCCAACGCCUUCGGGAUCAGGUAGCGCGAUACGGGGACAUUCAAGCUGAGUGUUGCAAGCUGGCGACCGCCCUUGUAGAGGAACGCAAGCGAAGGGAAGAGGCCGAGAGGGAACUCGAUAGCCUCUUGACCACACCAACUCCGCAAGCUACUGACAGCAAGUAUCGCACUCCUCCCGUCUCCAGGACGAUGGUAUACGCGAAACGUGGCGGUCUGGGUUUCAGGUCAAUUGGCUCCUCAGGUUCAUUUACGGAUGUGGAGUCACUGUCGGAUCCUACGGAGCGGCCCAACUUUUCCCUGAAGUCAGUUGAAGAAGAGGCAGAGGACGAGAGCCACGAGCUUAACCGAUCGGAGUCCAGCGAUGUAGAGAAUGUGCUUGCAGGUUACGAAGAUGAGGACGAAGACGACAACUACUCUUUCCAGGCGUCGCUGUCUAACUCUUCUUUUGGAUCGGACGAAUGUCCUCGCGAGAUUUCUCAUCUUGUUGAAUCAUCCGUUGAGGACAUCCCCUCUUUAAUAUCCAGCCGGUCUGCAUCUUCUUCGCCUGCACCCGCAUCUCCGCCGACACAGAUCCACGGACGCCAUCAUUCUCUCUCGAAGACCUGGACCUUCCCACAGCACGUAGAGGAGGUGGCAAAUACUGUUCGCCCAGCCGAGGAGAUUGACCGUUUCUUCGAGUGUCUGGAGGACGUUGACAAUUCGCCCCCUCUCCACUCCAAGCUCAGGUCUCUCGAGAGCAGCAAGGACCUGUUUUCCCGGGCUCUCGCGACUGUGGACGAUGAUGUCCCCCCCUUCUUGAUCCCUUCUAUGAUCGGUGUCGAGAUCCACGAAUCUUCCAUACGCGCCGCUCUUGAUGUCGUUCUUGAAGAGGAUGAGGUGGAGGAAGACGACGCCAGCGUGCGAGGUGACGGCGAUAGCGAGAUAGUUGGCCAGAUAGUUGAAGGGGGUAUUAUUUUCACUUUCAACCCUCCCCCAGACUUCGAAGGCCCUGAUGAUGUUCCCGUACGCGCCAUUGUGUCUCCGGUAUCGCCAGUGAAGGACGAGCCCGGUGUUCCAUGUAUGAAAGGCUCCCCUUCGGCCAUCCCGCGUCCUGCGACGAAGGCCUUCACCCCUUCGACUCCUACGUCUACGUCCCGUAUUCCGCCCAAAGUAAGCUUGGUCCGGCCCUCGAAGUCUACUGGAUCGUCUUCAACACCUGCCAAGAAGUCUCCUCCCCUUCCUCAGACAGCGACCCGGAAGGUCCAGCCCGCAUCCUUUAUCCCUCAGCCACGUCGCAGCCCGGCUUACAGUGCGCCGUCGAAUGCUCUAUACUCUACGCCCACUAAGAGCCAGAGCAAGUCUCGCUCGAGCAUGGUACCGCUGAAGACGUCAACUCCCAAGAGGCCUCUUCGCCGCUGAGGGAUGGGAAGGAGGCCGAAGUCUCCGCGUCGUCUUCACCAUCUCUUGCCGUACACGAAGUCUCCACGUCACCCGCGAUGUCGCCCACCCUUGCUGCGCUCCAGACAUUGACUAGCUUUAUACCUAUGCCGUCUCUUCCUUGGUCUUCCUCUCGCCUGAACUUUGGUGCCUCCUCCGUUGUCGCCGCAUGUAUUGUCCCUUCAAGCUCCAGCGGUUCCGAUAUCACGAACGCUUCAAACUCGUCGCCAAGAUCGCCGCCUACCUCUGUUGAACCUUCUACCCGGUCGAGAGGCGUCAACUUUGUCUCGAGAGAGAACCAGUUGGCGAAGCUACGACUCCGUUUACAACAAGAACAUUCGCAACGCCAAAGGCACAGCCGGCUUUUCGUCUCUGGUGACUAUCAGUACGGUGUGCUGAAUAUCUAGUCCCAAUGGACCUGCUUCCUUUCCUGUAUUUGCUGUGUCUAUUAUCUCGCAAUGUUCUCUUCAUUUUUACUUUCUCUAUACAUUUGCCCAUUCAUGACGUCCCUUAUCACGAACUUUUCAUCUUGUCAUAUAUGGUCGUUCCGCCGUGCUGGGCUUGAUGCUCAGACACGUUGCUUCUCACUUUUGCCAUUGUAUGUACGGCUGUCGACGCGACGCACCCCCUUGUAGUAUAUCCCAGCCCUCACUGGAUGUCGAGCAAGCCAUUAUAUGCUCUGCGAGGUCCCGUUGCUGAUAUGCACACCCCGCAUGUUGC